UUUGGUCACACUGCCGCACACGAGUUGUGAAUUAAGAGUUUAUAUUUAUUUUUGUUGGUUCAAAAAGCUGAAUGGCGGCCAAGAAAAUGAGGAUGAGCGAUGUAAAGGAGGAGGGCUCUGUGACCACCACCUGCUCCUACUGGGUGCCACGCAAGAAGCGCCGCUGCAAGAUGACGGCCAACAAGGGCAGCCCAUUUUGCGGCGCCCAUGCCCCUCCCACCGUCACCGCCUCGAAUCCGGAUGAAAAGUCUGUGGAAGAUUCCUUUCAGGAACGAGUUCCCUGCCCCCUGGAUCCCAAACACACCGUCUUCAAACGAAAGCUAGCCAAGCACUUGACCAUUUGCAAUGCCAGGGAUCAGGAAAGCUCAUUGCCCUACAUUGUAAAAGGAGUAAACGCUGGGGAGAAUUCGGAGGAGCAUCUCGAGGAACUGGAUGAACUCAACCAAAUAAAAUUGCACAAACUGUCGGACGAAGAGUUCUAUGGGUUAAUCGACAAAGUAAAGCAACUGUAUGAUAAGCACAUCAAUUCUAGCAUACAGGAGUUGCAGAUGGAGCAUGAAUCGCUUAAAAGCAAAUUGAAUCGGAAGGACUACGGCCAUGAAACGCUGCGUCAGCUCACCCAGGCCUCUAGCCUGCUGGGCAUCCUGGAGCGGAAUCAGCAGCUCACGGAUCACACAAGCUUUGUGGAAUUCGGUGCCGGAAAGGGAAAAUUUGCCUACUAUUUGACCACCGUUUUGGAGGAUCAGCAAAUGACACGCUCACAGGUGGUCCUCAUCGACCGGAUGUCUCUUCGCCACAAAAAGGACAACAAAGUGGCCAAGAAGGAAAUGGUUCAGCGCAUUCGGGCAGACAUUGCCGAUCUGAAACUUUCCGCCUUGCCGGACCUAAAGAAAACCCAACGAACGGUGGCGCUAUCGAAGCAUCUUUGUGGUGCAGCCACGGAUUUAACACUGAGAUGUAUACUGGACGAUGAAGCUGCCACCACGGACUAUGUGCUCAUUGCCUUGUGCUGCCACCAUAGCUGCUCCUGGGGCUCUUAUGUCGGGCGAUCGUUUCUGCAGCAAGCCGGCAUUGGACCACGGGAGUUUGUUAUCCUUACCAAAAUGGUCAGUUGGGCGGUUUGCGGCACCGGAUUGAGUCGAGAGCGGCGCAGGGCCAUGGAGGCGGCCGACGAACAGCCGGCGGAGACGAACACCCAGCGACUAAGUCGCGAGGAACGGGAAAAGAUUGGCCAGCAGUGUAAGCGGGUGCUGGACUGCGGACGACUGGAGCACUUGCGCUCACACGGAUACCAGGCGGAGCUCAAGUUCUACGUUCCGAGGGACGUAACUUUGGAAAAUGUGGUCCUGCUGGCCAGACGAUCUACCUCUGAACCCGAUUGCCAAAAUAAAUGCAGUUGACCAUAGUAAAAUAAUACGCUUCCUGUUAAUCUGAUUGAUUGUAUCAAAUCUGUCACUUGAUUUUCGGGAGGGUGUUUUUAAUUGAUGCCACAAGUUUUUACUUUUUAUAUUUUAAUUGUUUAUUGCUUUUAAAAAUAAUUGCAUAUAGAGAUGAAUGGGUGUGUCGCAGAUGGAGCUGUUAACAUAAUUAUUGCGCAGCCUUAUGCAUCGUUAUUUGUUAGUUUGAUUUUAUACACAAAAGCUAAGCUUUUGGUGUGCUCAAAAAGGAUGGGCCGAAAUAAUAUCUUUGUGGCAUGACAGUUUAUUGCUGCACCCAAAAUAACCCAAUCCUUAACUUAAAACAGGAGUAAAAUAACAAUAAACAAAACUUUUUCUCCAACGCAACAAAUAUGUAGUUGGGUUACGCUCUCAAAUGUCCGGAUCUACAUAAUAUAUUCAAAGACUUUUUUCUGAAAUAAGCUUUACAUUUAAAUAUUGUGCACACGUUGUAUAUAUUGUAGAAAAAUACUACGAAAUCUAGUUUCUACAAACCUAACGCAGUAUGAUUCUUAUUUUUCCCCUUGUUGUCUCGUUUUUGUUUCUUUAUAUGUACAUUUCUUAAUUCGUAAGUUAUCCGUAAUCGGCUAUCUGAUCAGCAGGAUUUUGAAUGUUAGCUUUAUCCAAAGUCUUAAAAUAAAAAAUGAAGACACUUUUGAUUGGCUCACAAA